AUGGAACUAUACGACGAUCUUGGCGCAAUGAUUGGACAUCGCAUGAUGAAGGACGGUGACCGCAUCGGGCAAAACAACAACCUGGACGAUUCCAUUUACAAGAUCGAACACAACGUGCACGUAGACAAGAUGACAACACCAAGGUACAUUGUCAUCAACCAGUGGAGUUCCGAUGCCAUCUGUGUCUCGGCGAUCCAGGUUUCGAACGGAAAGCUCUCCUCCGUCUUUUACGGCGACCUUGGGGCCCUUUGUGGACAGAGCUGGUUCUUCAGCCGGCGUCGGCUUGAUGCAAAACUCAUGCAUCCAAAGUGCGUCUGGCUGGAUGAAGACCAUACCAUCGGUUUCAACGCGCGAGCCAUGAGCUUUCAUCUCAACGAUAUGCUUGGAACGCCAGAUAAAGUCAAGAUGUACAAGGAAAACCCCCAGGAAUACUUGUGCCGGGACAAGGACCCAGAACGCGCAGUUGACAAGGUCAAAUGGGACAAGAUGGCCGACCACGACCCUCAGCCUAUUUCCAGACGUUUCAUGACGGCAUCUGAUCGAAGGGCUAAGAGAGAGAAGCUGGCCAAGAGACAAGGCACAAACCCUGACAUCACUCAUCUCAUCAUCACCCGCGCCGAAGAACAUGCAGCGUCCUUGGUUUGCAACAGCACAACAUCUUACUGCCACGAUGUUGUAUUUCUUCACGAGAAGACUUACUGCGAUAUGACCGUAAAGAGACUCUACAACCUUUGUGACGACGUUUUGAAGGAGAGCUGUUUUGACGUGGAACGAAGAACUCUGAUAGGCCGCGGAGGAAUCAACGCUCGUGGCGAAAUAUCCGCUGUCGGCAUUCCUCAGAAGCGAUAUAAAACAGCAGCCCACUGGGAAGAAUGA